UUAAUAACAAUAAAAAACCGAAAUAUGUGUUUUAUCUAUGAACGCAGUAGAUAAAGAAGCAGGGGUUAAUAUGUUUAGUAUAAUAACCAGGUUUACUUAAUAAGAUAAGAUCAAAUAAGAUAAGAUAAACCGUAUUGAUCGCAUCCAUCGGGGUAAAUUCAUAGGUUACAGCAGCAAUCAAUCCAAUCAAAUAAAUAUGCAAAGAAUCUGUACACGAUUAACACUUUUCAUCAUAUUUGCUGAGAAAAGUUCCUAUCGGCACAGGAUGAUUGCAUGAGGGUGUAUAUAUUGAACUAAACUUCGCAUGGAGAAUAAUACAGUUGAUCAGAUAUUCAAGGGCACCGUCCUCUGCUUUAACAUGGUACCAGACGACCUCUUUGAGGGUAUAUUUAUAAAUGGGCAGCUUUAAGAAAUUAUGUAAUUUUUUAAACGAUGCAAUAAGCUUUAAAAAGUUACUUUCGAUUCUAUAGAGCACGCAAUACAAUAGUUAUGUGUGACUCCCGCUUGAUCUGAUAGUGUUCAAAAGCUAAUAUCUCCUAUGAGUCAUACGAUCGCGCAGUCACAGUGGAUCCCUCGGGUAAACCCGGAAGCGCUGCUGUAUGGCUAGCAGCGUGAAACUCCUCCUCCUUUACGUCACGUAACAGCAGCACGCUGAAGGUUAUCGUGGGUUUGUAUGAAGUGAGGGAAGAAUGAACUCUCAUCUGAGACGUACCGGCGGACCUGUCACCAUCUGACAACAUGCACAUCGUGGAUUUCGUCUCCGGAUCCCUGGCAGGAGCAUGUGGUGUUGCUCUGGGCUACCCUCUGGAGACAGUGCGGGUCCGGAUCCAGACCCAGAAACAGUUUACUGGAAUAUGGCAGUGUGCUGUUGCAACAUUUUCAAAAGAAGGGGCGCAUGGCUUCUUCAAGGGCAUGACCAUACCCAUCAGCACGAUCUCUGUGACGUCCGCCGUAGUAUUCGCCACAUACAGGGACUGCCUGCGGCGUCUGAACCAGGCACGAGGAGCUGAUCGCACGGCUCCAAACAGAAAGCUAGAUGUCUUCCUGUCUGGUUUGGUGGCGGGUACAGUUCAGACUUCGGUGCUGGCGCCAGGUGACAUCGUGAAAGUGAGACUGCAGUGUCAGACCGAGUCCAAGCGAGGAGGACCCAACAUGCCCAAACCUAAGUACCGUGGUCCAAUUCACUGUCUGCUGAGCAUUAUUAGAGAAGAGGGUGUCCGGGGCCUUUACAGAGGAAUACUGCCGCUCAUACUACGAGACGCACCAUCGUUUGCCAUGUACUUCUGGACCUAUUCCACGUGCUGCGAAUUACUCACGCGCAGUGGCAAGAAAAGUCCAGAUUGGAGCGCUGUGAUGCUGGCCGGUGGACUGGCAGGAAUGGUGGGUUGGACUGUAGGCACACCCAUGGAUGUGAUCAAAUCCCGUCUGCAGAUGGACGGCAUUCGGGGCCCGAGGAAAUACAGAGGUCUUAUCCACUGCCUGACUGACACGGUGCGGGUGGAAGGAGUCGGCGUCUUCUACAGAAGCUUGGGCAUCAGCGUUUUGCGCGCGUUCCCUGUUGGGGUUGCCGUGUUUGCUACGUACGAGGUGGUCAGCGGUUUCCUCCGACCUGGACCAGACAGCAUUGAACUGCCUUGGAGGCUGAAAUAGUAUCAACUACCACCAUCCUCUGUGUAUCAUGCUCCUCUCUCUAUAUUUAGUGUUUGUUUUUACAAUGACAUCCACAGCUGCAGAGACUGAUAAGGAGGGUUUGCACAGCUAUCAUGUGAGCUUCCUGUUACAUACAGUAUACCUAGUGAGAGUAUCAUAUCCUAAUAUGCUCAGGGGAAACGUGUUAAGGAACUGCUGUUACCAGAUAGUGGACCAUGCAGCAGCUAACCACUAGAUGUCCUCCCUGGCCAGUUUGUAACCAUAUCUGGGUAUUUUUCUGAAUAUGACUAGAAAAUGAUCUGCAUGACUGGUGCCUUUUUUCACCAGAAGUGCAGCGCACCAAGAAACUGCAAUACUUAUUUAAUUUAAGCAAUGGUUGGCACCUCAAGACCAUGUAAGACCUUGAAUGUAGAAUUUAUCAAUGAGCUACAAUACGCACAGUUAGGGAAGCAUGAAACCGGUCCAAGGGGCAUUUUUGUACAUUAUUUACAUCCUCUGCUUAUUUCCAGCUCAGCAGCAACAUACUUGAUGGUUCAUAAUAUUUAAACCUUUGAUGCAGUGGAUCAAGGGUCAACAUAUCUGUCCCCAAAGCAUAGACAUCUGUCCUCUAAACAUGUCAGAUUUAUCUUUUCAUCGAGAUCCAUGAAUUGUUCUCUGAGGAAUCAAGGAAAAAUGUUAUAUAAACAACCUUAUGUGAAAACAUCCAGGAUCUGCCCCCUGAUCUGGAUCCAAACUUAUAUUAAAAGGUUUUUCCCUGGGUCAGGCAUUUACCCCUUAAAAGAAUUCUUGGAAAUUGUUUUGUGAAAUGUUUGUGAAGUCCUGCUAAAAAACAAACAAACUUGGUGAUGGUAAUUACUUACAGAAAUACACUGGCCAUCAUUGUAUGCACUCAUAAAGACAUGAAGUAUAUGUACUUUCUUUUUACCUUUUCACAUAUCUUUUUCAUUUUACACUCGCUCCCAACAUAUAAAGCACAUUUUAAAUGUAGGUUUUUAUUUUCAUGGGAAUGAGGGACAUGAAAUCAGACUUCUUCAUAAAAGGACACAUCUGUAAUCAAUAUUUCUUGUAAUCGACUUUUAUAAUUUUGAUGGACAUACAUUUUACUCUCUUGAACAAAAGCAGUGCAAGAAACCUACUAAAUGGUGAAUUGAUUUCUAAUAUCGUGUAGGCAAACAGACACUGGAAUAUUUAGUCUCCAAAUAUCCGGUCCUACUUCUUUUCUGAGAUUAUUAUUGUUACAAAUUGCAAUUCAGAAUGUGCGUAAGUGGCCAUUCUGACUACACUUAGAAUAUGAAAUGUAGACCACUGUAUAAUUAUGGCCUUCUGUAAUUUAGGAUUUAUGUUUACACACCUGAGUUUUAGCUGCAAGUUGGAUUUCAUUUUUAAUAUGUCUUAAAUCUUUCAUAACUUAAAGUGAACAGGUGCUUAAGCAGUAAGAUUAUAACAACAAACACAAACUAACUUAUUCACGUCUUCCUAUCAAGCCUUAGCCUCAAAUGUUUUUCAUUUGCUGUUGUUUUCUGUAUGAUUAUUAGAGAUGUCACAUGUCGUUUAUUUGUGCCAUGUUGUUUUGUUGUUGUGCCGCCACCUAGUGUGUGAGUUGGACAUCAUCCUGCUAACAUCAUUCAGAUCGGUGUCUGCAAAUCUUUCAAAAAUAAUCGCACUAGUUUUACUCCCACUAAGACCAUCCUGAUAAUGUUUUUGUUAAGGUUAAAUAUUUCACAAAAAAUGAGUAACUGGAAAUGAUAUUGUUUGCUUUCUAUUUCUGCAACAUGCACACACUUAUUAAUGUUUUUUUAUUUAUUUUUUGUGUGUGAUACAGUAUCUACAUGGCUGUGGCUGCUCGGAUAUUUAUUUGAAAAAUAUGUAACCUAUAACUAUUCAGUGAACUUUAAUAGGAUGUGGGUAUAAUUUAACUUUGAUUUGUUUUGAGGUGUAAAAAUCAAUGUAGAGUGAUAUUUUAGAUAUGAAAAAAUAGAUAGUGUAACAAAUGAUAUCUCACUAGACGCCUUGAAUCCUUCAAACAUUUGAGAUGUGCCGUAUAAAAGAGUGAGUCUUUCCUCGUUGGAGUAACUUCCAUUAAUUUCCAUAAUUGAGUUUGAAUGUGGAUUACAAUAAUAAUUUUGAUCACAGUAAUGCAAUGCAAGAUUUAGUGGCAUGUGGCAGAAUCAUAUCUGCACUGUGUUGAAUAAAAUCACACAUUUACUGUUGUAGCAUCCACAAACUUUGAGUUUUACACAUUGUGGGAAACUUUAGACCUCAAAAUACAUUCACACAGUUUUUAUUGAUGUAGACCAUAUAUAUUUUCGUGGCAAUGCUUUUUCAAUGAGGCUUCAAACCUGAUUUAUUCCCCCAAUAAAGAACGACUGACAGAG